AAUGUUUUAUUUGAUUUUCCUCAUAAAAUAGAUUAUGACUAUUGUAGUGUCAGGGAAAAUUCUCAAAACAUGCAGUAAUUAAAGGACUCGCAUCUUCAAUUUUUCUCAUAUUAUAUAUUGGUUUUGUUAAAAAAAUAAGUAAUUUUACCCUCAUUAUUUUUAACCAACUACUUACUAUCACUAAUUAAAAUUUAUUCAUCGUUAAAAGGUAGCAAUGAACUACUAUCACCAUUACAGGUAGCUUUAUCUAAUAUUUAUCAAUUGCAAUCAAGCGUAACACCGUGCUUCAGCCCAGAGACUCGCUGCGUACAGAAGUGAGAUGUUCCUUUGGGCCCUUCUUCUAUUUGCUGCGAUGGGGAGGGCGGAUGAAAUUAUAAGUGUGGCCAAAUUUGGCAACCAACUUCCAAAAGAAAUACCAGCUCUCAUCGUGACUGCUAUUGGAAAAAAUCCACCCAAAAACAAUUAUGAGGACUCAAUAAAUUUAAACACUCUUAGAUACAUAAUUGUUAUAACACGGCAUGGGAGCAGAUCACCUUUGUCAACAUAUCGCAAUGACCCGUAUCCAUAUUACAACAUUAAAUUCUGGCCAGAUGGACCAGGCCAGCUUACCAGAUAUGGAAAGCAGCAGCUCUUCGCUUCUGGACAGCAGCUUCGAAAGCGAUACAAUGGAUUUAUAAAUACUAAUUACUUUCCAAAUGACACGGCCGCACGGUCGAACCCAUACGACAGAGACUUUAUGAGCGCCGCCUGUCUGCUCGCUGGUUUCUAUCCUCCUAGCGAUUACCAACUGUGGAAUCCUUCAAUUCUUUGGCAGCCUGUGCCCAUCUGGGAAGAGCCGUUUGACGUUGACAUUGUGACAUCGAGAGCAAAUGUUUGUCCGACUGUAAAAAAGGAACAGACAAGGAUUUUUAAGAAGCUUGAUAAGAAAUUGGAAUCAGAUAAUAAAAACUUGACUUUGUAUGUUUCAAAACACACAGGCCGUAAUACAACGACUCUAAUAGAUUUAGCGCUAUUAUGGGACACUUUAAAUCUACAGCAAGAAAAUGGUUUUAAACUUCCAAAAUGGACUAAAAAAAUCUUUCCUACAAUUCUGACUCCCUAUUAUGUUCAAGCAAUAGCUGCUUUAAUUAUAGGGAGUCCAAAAAUGACCAGAUUGACUUCUGGACCUGUACUCGAAAAUGUGAACAGCCAGUUGCAAAGAAAGGUAAAUGGCACAAUGGUGCCUGACAGACGGAUGUACUUGCUGGCAGCACACGAUGUUACACUUAUUGCGAUAUUAGGUGGUCUCGGAUUCAAAGAUCCAUUUUUGGUCGAUACCAGUGCUUACAUAGUUUUUGAACUACACGAAAACUCAAGAGGGCAUAUCGUUCAGAUGUUGUACUUUAACAACAGUGCGACUGCAGAACCGACUGUGCUCAACGCCCCCAACUGCAACAACCCAUGUAACUUAAAGGACUUUUCAAAAAUGGUCGACAGUGUCGCACCAAAAAAUUGGAAGUCAGAAUGUAGGAUUGAAGAAGAUAACUAGUCAAAACAAUAAACUUUCAUUAUAAUCAUAACACAAAUCACUACUUGUCAAUAUAUUUUAUAAAAUAAAUCAUUCUUAAUAAUUCCUGUUAGUUCAGAACAAAAUUUCACCUAAUUUGCAUAAAUAAAAGUUUUAGAUUGCAGCUUAUUCGUCAGCCACGAAAUAAUGAGAUUCUCAUAAAUUAUGAAAAUAUCAAAUAUAAAAAUAUUUUUCAAAUUUAUAUUCCAUUUUGGAAUUAAUAAUUUGUUUAAAAUAAAAAGAAAAAAAAAAGAAGUAUAAACUGAAAUGUUCAAUUGUAGGAUAGUAUUGUCCACUAAUUUAAAUUUGAUCGCUUAUAGAUACCGGUCUUUUUGCCAACCUAUCCCACAAGUUUCACAAACGCAAAAUAAUUUAUUUUAGGUAUUUUAUUAUAAAUAAUUAAUCAAAACUAGAAAAUGAAUGCAAAACAGUCAUAAAAUUAUUGAAUUUCUUUUUGCCAAACUGAACUUUUACCUUAUCCUAAAUAUCACAUCUUUUGUCUUGGAAACAUUUUGAUAUAUGCUUCUUAUGAAGAAAUAGGAAGAAGCCUUGUACAUUUUUCAUGAACAACUUUUCUGUACAACUACAUUGCGUCUUGAACAUAAAUGACAAUAGGCAAUUUGCUGCAUAGACAAAAAUGCAAGUAUGUUUUUCUAUGAAUAUCGCAUUCAAACUAUUAAAAGGUCUUAUGAAAUGAAACACGAAUUGCUAUCCAAUUGCUCUUUUUAUCAUUAAAAAAAAAAUUUAAAAAUGUUAUUUACAAAAAAGUUGUUCCUGAAGAUUAUGCAAAACUUAAUUUUUUAAUGAAAAGUACAUAUCUUCUUUUAUACAUAAUUGACAAUGAGUUUAUAUAGGUAGUUCAGUAGUUGGGGUAAAACAAAAUUAAAUUUAAGAAAGCUUUUUUCAAAACUAAGCACAUGCAGUAAAUAAUAUUUGAUCUAUUUUAUAAACCAUUUUCAUUCAAAUUUCCGGCUUUUGUUUAUUUAUAGUGAAUUUAUCACUGUGUUUAUAUCUCAAAUACAAUACGACAAA